AUGAUCAGAGAUGCUAACUGCUGGGAAGGUAAAGAUAUCUUUUAUAUCAUAGAUUAUGAUUCAAUAUCAUCAGCAUCGUCAUCAUCAUGCAAGUGUGAAGCAGUAGUUCGGUUGAAUUAUCCAGUUCAUACUUACACACCAAUUCUUUGGAACCCAUCAACUCGAGAGUACAAUGAAAUUAUACCACCACCUGACAAUCUUGAAUGGCCUUCCUACGGGUUUGGGUACGAUAACAAAAUUGAUGAUUAUAAGUUGGUAUGUAUUGCAUCGAUUGAAGAUGGUGCUGAUGAAGUGAAUGCAGCUUAUGCAUACACGUUAAAAUCGGGUUCAUGGAGAAAAGUUGUCGAAACCAUCCCUUGUGCGGAUUUUGAGAAUCCAGCAGGUUUGCUUCUGAAUGGUGUUCUUCAUUGGCAACUCGCUACUGUCACUGGCAAAAUCUCCAAGUCCAUAGUUGCUUUUGAUAUUAGCAAUGAGAAGUUCACGAAUUUGCCUUUUCCACAAGAAAUUAUACUGCGCCCGGCGCAUAGUAGUUGUCAUCUUGGAGUGCUGGGAGCUUCCCUUUGCAUAAUUUGCGGUGUCCCUAAUGUCCAAGUUGAUGUGUGGGUAAUGCAAAAUUACGGAGUGAAAGAAUCCUGGACUAAGCUAUUCACCACCACCCAAGAAAAAAGUAUUGCAUAUCCAAAAUCGUUGAAGCUCUAUUGGUAUUUUAUAACUGGUGAUAUUCUAAUACAAGCUGCUGGACGUUUUGGUUUAUACGACCAAAAGAAUGACAGAAUUCGGUUUCUGAAUAUCAAUGGUCUUGAUCAUGCUCCUACUUAUCUUUCAGGAGAGACUUAUGUAGAGAGUUUAGUUUCACUGAACUCUGGUACUUAUACAAGAAAAAGAAGACAACUGAAGACCAAAUAUAUAUCUAACAAACGAAGAAGAUAA